AUGGCACCCAAGACCCUCGCGGUAGCAGCAUCGCUGUUAGCUUCCACUUUCAUUGUCCUGGCUCCAACUGUCGUCAACGCCUCUCCUCCCGGCGACAAAGACGUCACCGCUGUCCUUUUCGAGUGGAACUACGACUCGGUCGCUAGGGAGUGCUCUAGUACUCUCGGCCCUGCCGGUUACGGAUAUGUCCAGGUCUCCCCGCCCGCCGAGCACAUCCAAGGCUCGCAGUGGUGGACGUCGUACCAACCCGUGUCAUACAAGAUUGCCGGACGCCUCGGCAAUCGAGAGUCCUUCCAGAGCAUGGUGAACACCUGCCACUCGGCCGGCGUGAAGGUGAUUGUUGACUCCGUCAUUAACCAUAUGUCGGCGGGCGGCGGUACCGGGACCGGCGGCUCGUCGUAUACCAAGUACAACUACCCGGGCCUCUACUCUGCCUCUGACUUCGACGAUUGCACCUCCCAGAUUUCCGACUACGGUGACCGCUGGAGCGUCCAGCACUGCGAGCUUGUCGGCCUGGCCGACCUGGACACCAAUGAGGACUACGUCCGCAAGACCAUCGCCGGCUAUAUGAACGACCUCCUCAGCCUCGGCGUCGACGGAUUCCGCAUCGACGCGGCCAAGCAUAUCGCAACUGAAGAUCUUACUGAUAUCAAAAGCCGGUUGACCAAUUCGGGCGUGUACUGGAAGCAGGAGGUCAUUUACGGCGCCGGGGAAGCCGUGCAGCCCACCGAAUACACCCGCAACGGCGACGUCCAGGAGUUCCGCUACGCCUACGACCUCAAACGCGUCUUCAACGACGAGAAGCUCGCCUACCUGAAAGACUACGGCGAGAGCUGGGGGUACAUGAGCAGCUCGGUCGCGGCCGUCUUCGUCGACAACCACGACACCGAGCGCAACGGCCAAACCCUCAACUACAAGGACAACGCCAAGUACACCCUCGCCACCGUCUUCAUGCUCGCGUACCCCUACGGCGCCCCGGACAUCAACUCUGGCUACGAAUUCUCCGACAGCGACGCGGGACCGCCCAACAACGGCGUCGUCGACGCCUGCUGGCAGGACUCGUGGAAGUGCCAGCACGCCUGGUCCGAGGUCCUGGGCAUGGUCGCCUUCCGCAACGCCGUGCGCGGCCAGGCGGUGGCGGACUGGUGGGACAACGGCAACAACCAGAUCGCGUUUGGGCGGGGCAACAAGGGCUUCGUCGCCAUUAAUAAGGAGGGCAGCUCACUGACGCGGACUUUCCAGACGUCGCUCCCGGCGGGCACGUACUGCAAUGUGCAGGCCAACACCGCCGUGACGGUUGACGGGAGCGGUCAGUUUACGGCUACUCUGGGCUCGAACACCGCUCUCGCUAUCUAUGUUGGGAAGGCAUCGUGCUGA